GUGAAGAUGGCGAUGAGGACAGCGCUGCGACGCGUCUCUGCGAACUUCUCCCCCAGGCUGCCUCAGCUGGCGCCCGCAGCGCAGCUCUGCGCCGCCCGGCUGCUGUGGAGGAGCGACUCCCCGCGCACCCUGAGCUCCACCGCGGUCCUGUCCUCAGCACUAAAGUUCACAGAUAAGCACGAGUGGGUGAAAGUAGAAGGAGGCAUCGGCACAGUCGGUAUCAGCAAUUAUGCUCAGCUAGCAUUAGGUGAUGUGGUUUACUGUGGACUCCCUGAAGUUGGCCAAAGACUUGAACAAAUGGAGGAGUUUGGUGCUUUGGAGAGUGUGAAGGCUGCCAGUGAGCUGUACUCCCCACUGACAGGAGAAGUGACUGAAAUCAACAAGGAGCUAACGGAGAAUCCUGCACUUGUGAAUAAAGCCUGCUAUGAAGAGGGAUGGCUAAUCAAGAUGACGAUCGAGAAGCCCGGAGAACUCGACGGCCUCAUGGAUCAAGCUGCGUACGACAAAUUAAUUCAUUCACUUGAAGAAUAAAUCCAUGAAGUCGGUGUGCUUGUUUUGUCAUUUCAAUCAAAGAUUAGUAGGUUGUGUUACUAACAUCUCGUGCGACACUUAUUUAUUUUGAUACUGUAUUUUUUGCUAUCAAAAUAAUUUUUAAUACUCUAACAACUUCCCACUUAGAAGGUGAAGAUUUGUUUUAGCCACUAGCAAACCGAAAGUGCUCUUAAUCUCAAGAUCUCAUGUCUGUAUCACUGGGUCUUGUUUCUGGUGCUUUACUCAAAUUUUAAAUGUGCACAGAUGUGGUAAAAGACUGAAGAGGUAUUGUUAAAGUGCUGUGUCACUUUCAUUCAAUAAAAUCUAAAUAAAAAAAAUAA